UCAUAUGGAUUGUUUUGUGCAUGAAUUGAACAUGAUGGAUGAUAUAAACAUGAGACCAAUGAUGUUUGCUUGUGUUUGAUGAUAAUUUGAUGUUGGAUGGUGGAUACCUUGCUGUUUUAACUUUUUUCUUGCUUUUGGACCCUAGGCUUGGCCUAGUGGUCUAGUUACUAAUAUUUGCUUGGUUUUUCAGGAUCAAAAGCAUAAUGUACAUGGAGAAUGAUACAAGUUGAUUUUAAUUGAUGUUGUGGAUGUUUGUACACUAACAUAACAUUGUUUUGUAGGUGUUGGAGCUUGGGCUUAAGCCUUGGGCUUGUUUUGUGUUGUAUUGUUUAAACUGUUUGAUUGUUUGCUGUACAAUUUGUCUGAUUGAAUACUAACUGAGUUUGAUUGUUUCCAGGUACUUUAGUUGCUUAGUUCCUUGUGAACUUUUGCUUUGCUUUGCUUAAGCAACUUGCAUUUGAGGGACACUUUUGAUCGAGAUUCUGGUUGAGAGACUUGCUGCUCCGAUAUGAGGACCGGUCUGAAGCCCGAUGUUGUAUACAGUUUCUUUGAUCCUGAGAUUGGUGUGCUGAAGGAUAUGGUAGCAUUGAUUACUCCUGACCAUGUGGGGAUGUUUAGAGAGUCCUACGGUGGUAUUCUGAAGACGGUUUUCAGGCUCACUGACUGUGACAGGAGCGCCAUCCACACUCUUCUUCAGUUCUAUGACCCGGGGCUGAGGUGCUUUGUAUUUCCAGACUAUCUGUUGGGGCCUUUGAUGGAGGAUUAUGUUAGCAUCUUGGGUAUUCAGAUCCGGGAUCAGAUUCCUUUCCAUGUUACGAGGGUAGAUCCAGAUGUCCUUGGGAUUUCACGUGCUCUUUAUUUGAGUCCGGAAAUGGUCAAGGAGGGUUUGAAGGAGAAGGGAAAGCUACCUGGGUUUCAUUUGAGUUUCUUGGAGGCUAAUGCCAAGGAACAUGCUGCAAUGGGUAACUGGAAGACGGUUUGUGCUCUGAUUGCUGUGAGCAUUUAUGGGAUCGUUCUGUUUCCUAACCAGAAGAAUUUCGUGGACCAUAAUGCUAUCAGGUUGUUUAUGCAGAGAAACCCUAUUCCUACUCUGAUUGGAGAUGUGUACUACUCGGUUCAUAACAGGAACGAGAAGCGGCGAGGUGGUCUGAUCAGGUGCUGCUCUCAGUUGCUCUUUAGAUGGUUCAUGGGAUAUUUGCCUUCCCGAGGUGCCUUUGUUCAGAUUGAUCCCAGUGUCAAGUGGUCCUUCCGGUUGAUGGGUCUGCGGGCUGAAAACAUUGCUUGGACUCACAAUGGUUUAGCUGGUCGGGACUUCGUAUGCAGUUGUGGGAGUUUACCUAAUGUGCCUUUAGUGGGAGUUCAGGGUUGCAUUAAUUACAACCCGAUGCUUCUCCGGAGACAGAUGGGAUUCGCUAUGGAGGUUCCUCCUCUCGGGCGAGAGAUUCAGGAAUCCUUUUACUUUCCGAUUGAUGGCAACCAGGCCAAGCUGAGGCAAGUGUUAGAUGAGUGGCGAGAUAUCCAAAGGAAGGGUAAGGUUCCGUUUGGUAAAGUCAACUGUCAGUAUUUUCCACUAUUUAAGGAUUGGUUGCGGAAGAGGAUUGAGUCUACAUUUCUACCGUUUCCUGGAGACAAGUGUUCGAUUGCAAGACUACCAAUAUGUGAAGAGGGUCCACAACAUGCUGAGUUAGAGAAUGUGGCUGCACAGGAGGGAAUAAAAGUUGUUAGUGAUCCGGAAAUUGUGGAAGCAAGACGUGGCCGGAGGGAAUAA